CACCUGCUCAGGUGCUCAAACCAGAGAGGCCGCAUUCCUUAUGGCCAACACGGAAACCUGUCAGCGGGAAUUAUUUAGUUUUUAGAUGCAGUUUCCAAAGGCAGCGACAGCUACCAUCUCAGAGAGAAACUUUCUCUUUUAUAUUUUUAUAUUGGGGCUGUCAAUUUGCCUCUGAUCAUUUCUUUGAAGUUAGAAGAAGGAUCUGUUCUCAGACAGGUGUUUCAUUUGGGAUUUAUAUCCGCCGAUUUCUUGGAAAAAAAUGACCUCCCCGGACCAUGAUGUGGACUGAGCUGCUUUUUCUUUGCCUUUCUGUUCUGCAUUGCGCAGUCUCCUCCUCUCCACCUACGCCUGUUAAUGUCAGCUUCUCUUCUGUGAACCUGAGGAAUGUGCUCCACUGGUCUCCAGGAAGUGGCACACCAGAUGGUACACAUUUUGCAGUGGAAUACAUUAUAUAUGGAGAGAGCACAGAGGCCAGCAAAGGAAAACGUGGGCAUUGGAGGGCAGUGCAGCAUUGUACUAAUAUUGUGCGGACUUGGUGUGAUCUGAGUCUUGAAACAUGGGAUGAGGAAAAGGGAUACCUUGCAAGAGUCCGUGCACUGGGAAGGAAGUCAUCUUCAAAAUGGACUCUGACAAAAAGAAGAUUUGAUCCAAAGUGGGACACCAUUCUUGGACCUCCACUGGUUUCUGUGAGAAUGAAGAACAACAGUGCAAUUAUCACACUUAAGGGGCCGAUGAGGUAUUCACCAAACAACGACACCCCACCGCUGAGCAUGAAAUCAUUCUACCAUCGCAUGUCUUACAACCUCUCCAUCUACAUCCGCCAUCGCAACCAGAUGUACCAUUUUCCACUGGACACCAGCCAAUACAAAUACCAGCUGCUGGAGUACAAUACAGAAUACUGCUUCUUUGCCAAGUCAAGGUUCCUCUCCAUACCAAUGCAAUGCAAGUCUUCGGCUUGGCAUUGUAUAAUAACACCUCAAGAUCCUGUCAUUAAGCAGCUGCAACAGGUGGUUGUGGGGAUAGUUGUUCCAUCCCUUUGCAUCUUUAUAAUUGGGUUGGUCAGCUACCUUCUCUACAACUAUGUGGCUGCGAAGGAACAAAAAAUCCCACCUAUAUUGAAAACGUUCUUUCACCAAAAUCAUUCCUGGCUUCCUCCUGAUUAUGUCAACCUUCAGCUAGCCAGAAUAAUUCCUGUCAAGCCUCCUCAACCCACUGAGAUCCCAUUGAUUGUUCCACCGCCUGAAGCUGGAUACUUAUCACAGGGACCUCAUGUACCCCAAGAGCCUGAAGAACCCAUGAACGAUUCGUCAGUUGACUAUAGCUUUGUGGCUCCAAAAAAAGCAGGUGUUGGAGAUGAGGGCACAGGACCGAGUAAGCAGGAUGAAGGGGAUGGUGUGAAUAAUUUGACAGGUGAACUCCAGAAAUGUCCUGAUAGUGACAAGGAGAACAAUAUUGACAUCAAAGAUGAUGGGAACAAACCUCAGCCACCAAAACCAGAACCUGCUAAAAGAGAGAUUAACGCUGCAAUGCAAACUGGUUUACCAUCAAAAGCUCAGGAUCCAAUACAAUCUAAUCAAAGAUCAUGCACACUAAACGUCCAUCUAGGCCCACCAUUAAUAAAAGAGGAAGAAAGGAGGGAAGCAUCAGAGGAAAGUGAGCAGAACCCAAACCAGUGUGAGAAUGACCGUCUCCUUUCUGGUUAUGUUUCUCAGAGAAUCUCAACCAUUCCCCGUUUUGACAUUGAACAGUUUGAUCGCUUAUCAGAUGACUAUGGUCAUCUGAUAAGUGGAGGGAGAGAGGACAAGAAAACCGAGAAUUGUGAGCUGGAUUAUGUGACGAGGAGACAGCUGAAUUUUGAAAGUUUGAUUGUAAGACAAACAAGUCAGGAGGCACAGGUAGAGGAGGAAAUAAUGGGAGAAGCAGAUGAUAUUCUUAGCAAAUGGGACCUGGUCAUCUCAGUGGAUGAAUAGAAAAGAUAAAUUAUCAUCACUGUGAAAGAAUACAUUAUAAAAAAGGAAUGAUCUGAUGCGGUAGUAUUGGAAUUUUGUAUAGGGAUUGUGGAUCUAUAAAUGUGAAAUGGAUUUAUGAAGGUGCAGAUAACAAAGAAGUGAAGGGAUCUGAAGCCAAACAUGCAAGCCAUUUGAGAACAAUGAGGCCAGACUUUACUCUAACCUUCGACCCCAUUAGGAACAUUCUCCGAGCAUUUACAAAACAAUUGUAUUACACCACACGAAGCUCAGGCAGAAAUCAUUUACUUUGGAUCAUUUUUUAAAAUCUUGAAAUUAUAUAACUAUGAGAAAGUUUUUAGAAAGUGUGUAAACAAAGAUUUAUAAUGGCUAUACUAAGCAUGCAUAUAAACAUAAAAUGUGUACGCAGGACACCAAAACAGGCUUUCAGUUGUUCUUCUUUUGUUCUUGUUAGACAUUCAUUAAUAACAAGCAAUCAAAAAAAAAAAUAAACAACAUAAUCGGCUAAUGAAGAAUUAUCUUAUCAGUUCUGAACUACUUUGACUUUUUGAAGGAAGAUUAUCAAUCCAAUAACUUAUAAUUUACAUGUUUAAGUUUGUAUUGUUGUUAAAGGUUGAUCAUGAAACUACUAAAGCAAGGCUGCUUGCUUUAUAUAUACCUGUUUACAUUGGAUCUCUGUCAAAUGUAUUGAGCUUUACAGCAUAAUUGUAUUCUGUGGUAGCGGUUGUUUUAUCAUCAGCUCAUUUUGUAUGUAUCUAUACAUCUGUUUGUAGUUUAGUACUUUCAGUUGUAAAAAUUAUUUUUGAUCAUUUUGAUUUAGUUCCGAACAUUAAAUGUUUUGUUCCAGUCAAAUCACUUAUAACUAUGUAAUUCUCAUGUAUUUAUAUCAGCAUUACGUAAUUGCAGAUGCCCAGAGGAAAACAGCAGUUAUACUGUGAGUGUUUACUGUUUCUAGAUACAUUUAUAUAGCAUUUUAAUCCUAAAUUUACCUUUACUCAUAAAGUAAAGUACAGCCAAAGCUGUCAGCUCCUUUCCCCCCACUAUAUAAUUUUUGACCUCCUUUUAAGGCAAACAGGUUCCUGUUAUCAGUAUUAACACUUCUGCCAUGUCUUGAUUUUCUGGUUUUAUGUAAAUCUUGUGCUACUGUUUUUGAAAUAAGAUAUGUAUCUGAAGGUGUUUGUUUUGUUUUGUUUUUUUUGUCUCACGAUUACAAGUUACCUGACCUCUUCACUUGCUGCUGAAACUUCCUCAUUCCACUGGCCUAAGCAGGCCGAGCUGAAGUAGUUCAAUCAAUUACAGUAAAGCAAAUGCCUUUUAUUUUCCCACUGAGCUGUAACUACAGUGUAUCUACAGUGAUCGAUAUGAUGCAUUUAAUUGUGCUAAAUAAAUGAGGACAUGUUUUACAUUGUUUUGGGAUGUAAUUGUAUAAAGAAAAUGGCAGAUUAAAAGAUAAACAAAAUGUACCACAUACUUUCUUUCUGUAAGCUCAUGUUAGGUGAGGGCUAUCUCCUCCCAUACCUCUAUACUGGAAAAAAUUAGAAGGCUCAAAUACAGGCUUGCAUGCUACAA